AUGGCAAGAAGGAGUGAUUCGCGAGAGUGGGGUCAGGAGAUCACAUUCGCCAUUAGUCAAUCAAGGGGGGGAGGCGACAUAAGGAGAAGAAGAGGUGCUUGCGGUUACUCCCAACCUAAAGGAAGAACUCUCUUUGGAUGCACUGGAAUCCAAUGGCUGCAAAGAAAGAGCAGAAGGUUUUUUUAUGAAGUGAAAGGUGGAGCAGCGGUAAGCACUCCCGGUGAUGAAGACCAGACACUGUUGUGGGAAGAAGUCCGAAGUCUUCGUUGUCGGUGGAAGGCCUUAGUUAAUAAAGAAAGCGGGAAUAAGGUUAAACGCUUAAGAACGGGCAAUGGUGACAAGACAAUCGAUCCCUACUAUCAAAUCUGGAAUGGAACUAUACCAUCUCUAAGACCAUCGAAUGCCCCUUUAGCCGAGGAAGACAAUAAGCUUUUCGCUUGGGAUGAUUCCUUGGAGGAGUCCUUCUAUCUCAAGCCAUUAGGCAAGGCAAGUGAAAGCAAGCCCAAGCCCUCUCGGGCAAAGGCAAGCCAGCCCAAAGGUCUUCUUUCUGGUCAAAUAGAUACCCUAAAAGUGGCCUUGGGCUUGGAAAAAAGGGAACUGGCACUUUCUUUCAUCUCAUCCGGCUUUCACUUGUCUGAUGAAAGAGAACUCCUAGUCGAAGCAUUAGCACGUUAUGAACGAUAUUCAGGGGUUUGGCGUUCCAAAAGUCCAAAUUUCAGAGAAAAUCUUAACAGUUACAUCCAAUCACAAACUACAAAGUUGACCUUUUUUCAUGGGGAUUUAUCCAUCACAGAGAUGCACAGAGGAACAGAACGAACUUCAUAUAUCCCUUUUCUACUUAAUCCAGAAACAAGAUCGGACGUUAUUCCGGUUCGUCUCCAUUUUUGUGAAACUAUUCCUCAAGCAAGGCAGCCGAUAAGUCAUCGAAGGCUUUGUGUGAAUAAUGGAAUGGUAAGCAUUACUCAUUUGAAAGUUUCCCACGGUGAUUUAAUAUCUUUUCAAGAAAAUGACGCAAGAAUCCGCGGUGAAGAAAUAAGGAGAUUUUUCUAUAUCGAAAUAUCAGUUGAAAAAAUCAUAGGCAAAUUCCUGGAUCACCCGGUAAGAAUGUGGAGAAGAACCAAAACAGAAUGGUUCCACCUACUCAAAACUAAGAGGGGAUGCCGCCUACUACUAAAAUCCCGGUUUUUGCAACAGUUGCGUUCUUCUAUGCAAGAAGAAGACUUAGAAAGAACAAAGAAGUUUGGAUCCGAAAAAGUAUGCUUAGGCAGUUCCUUCGCUGAGCACAACAGAAUGAAGAGGAAUUUGUAUCAUUUCAAAUCCCUAUUCUUAUCGAAGAAAAGGAACGAGAAAAACCGAAAUCUUCCUACUCGAAUAAGAAGUCCUAUAGUUUACAACUCUUCUUUAUAUAGUAAUUCGAUCUAUUGCUCCGCAUCCCCCCAUCAGUUUACUAUGAAGAGAAGAAUCAAAAGGAUCGAACUACCUACUCAUUAUUCGGAGGUUUUUCAUAGAAAACUAAAAGCUGUGGUAUCUUAUGGACCUAACAUAGGUCAUAUCCCUCACGACAUAAGAUUGAAAGAUUUAAACCUUCCUCUUCGGAGCGGAAACGGACGUGGGCAAAACAUAUAA